CCCCCUUCCCAUUUCCCCGUCUCAUCUUUGCCGCCACAAUCCCACGAGCCCGCGACGCCAUCAACCUUUCAAAGUUGAGCAGUCAGCUUCCUGCCGUCCUGCUACGCGAAUCGUUUCAAGCGGCGAGCCAUCCCAUCCAACAGCAACCUCCUGCAUGGCAAUUGCUACCCCCUCCUGUGUACUCAUUGGUGCCGUUCGAACGAGUGUUCGGACGGGCGACGGGUGAUGUGCGACAGGGGGGUAGCCACGCCAAGGGAGGAGGGGAAACAGACGGUCGGAUUGGCACAUGCUCGACGCCGCCUGCCUCGCGUCUUCGGGGUGGCCCAGACCGUCGACACAGGCAACCCGUCGCUGCAGUUGGCCGAGAUCGUGAAACUACGUUCAAACCCGGACGCUUUGGGGCAAGGGAUGAGAACGAGAAUGAGAUUGUUCGCGAGAGCGACGGCGCCUUUCUGGCGGGAUGGCGCUUGGAUGACAGGUGACGGACGACGGACGUCGGAUGACAGGCGAAGUUGACUUGGCCGUCAUGGCGAGUCUGGUAUAAGACAGCUUUGCCGCCGAGUUCUCCCCAAAGGCCUCGUUCACGACAUCGCUGCCUCGACCGUGGCCUCUUUGUCGAGUUAUUUCUCAUCCCCGUUCGUUGUCUCUUUCAUUUUCCAUUUCGCCCAUCCAGUUCCCUUGCCACACGUCCUGCUGAGCAGGCCCCUCGUUCUUUCUUACACACUCCUUCAAUAGACAUUCAGCAUUCGUUUCAUCAUGAUCCCCCAGGCGGCGACCUUUUUGGCUUACGCCACCCUCCUAGCCACGGCAAGCCCCGUCAUCCAGCGCAGAGUCGUCACCGAGCUCAACGAGGAGGCCACCAAAGAAGCGCACCUGCGCGACGACACGGCCACCCGCGCCUUUUCCGACAUCCAAAUCAAGACGGCCGACGGCAGGUGUCUGUUCGUCGACAAGCUGUCGGGCGACUUCCGGGCGAACCUGACCCCGAUCCAGGUCGCCGACUGCGGGGCCAAGGACGGCCAGGGCUGGGAUGUCAUCACCGCCGGAAAGCACAAUGACCAGCCCAAUACGAUGCUCAUUGUGAGCACUCUGACGCAAGCGUGCUUCAACUUUGACCCGCGCCGUCCGGCGGGCAACCAGGUCAACCUCUUCUCGUGCGGCGGACGCGCGGCUGGCGAGGGCCUCGUGACGGACUCGCAGCUGUUCGCGCUAGAGACGGGCGCGGGCCCCUCGACGUUCCAGCCCAAGAACGCCAAGGGGAAAUGUUUCACAGUCAAGGACAACGCAGUGGACGUGGCGGACUGCGUCGCCGGCGAUAAAGCUCAGUCAUUUGCGUUCGGGUCCGCUGCGGGUGGUGCCGGCGGCGGGGAAAACGGCGCUCAGAAACCCGGCCCUUCGACCACCGCUGCGGCCGUGGCUACUGGGAAUCCGGUGGCCGACUGCGGUGGCACCGAGAAGACUGUCACCAUGACGAUCACGGCCACGGUCAACCCGGGCCAGGGCAACGCUGGCAACGCUGGCAACGCGGGCAACCUCCCCGUGGCCACGCUCGCGCCCGAGGUGACGUCCGCAUCGGCUUCGACGCCGCCUGCCGCCUCGACUGCCCCCGCUGCUGGAAAUGGAAACGGAAACGGAAACGGAAGUGGCAACGGCGGCACCGACGGCGGUCAACAAGGAAACAUCUCCGCCGUCAACCCCACAACCCCCGUCCCCGUCUCCCGCGCCGGCGGCAUCCUCAACCCGACGGCGGCGGCCGAAGCGCACGAAUUCGACUCGACCGCCAAGCGGGCCUUUACAAAGGUGGCCAUCCGCGCGCCCAACGGACAGUGUCUCUCGGUGGACCCGACGGCGGGCGACUUCCGACAGAACCUCAUCCCCGUGGGCCUUGCGGCGUGCGACGGCGCGGCGGCGAACCAGCGGUUCGACGUGGUCACCAGCGGGAAGCACAACGACGGCAAGGACAACGGGGCGCUGGUGGUCAGCAGCCUGACGAACGGGUGCGUCAGCACGGACGGGCGGCGGGCGGCGGGGGACACGGUGACGAUCUUCUCGUGCGGCGGGCGGGCGGCGGGCGAGGGCCGGACGGACGCCGGGCAGCUGGUGAGGAUCUUUGGGGAUAGUUUCCUGUGGUCGCCUGUCAAUAACGCGGCUUCGUGCGUGGUGCCUGGGGACCAGGGGCGGCUGGUCACGGCGGCGUGUAAGGGGGACAACAGCGAGACGUAUACCAUCGUCGCCUGAGAUGAGAUUGGGGGGGGAGUCCCGGGGCUUUUUUUCUUCGUGAGUAAAGACGCCGGACACAUCUAUGACCAUAUGUAUUGGCGUAGAUGACCAGCCUUGACGAAACCAGACAAUUUGGCGUUCCAUGCAGUAAAGCAGGCAUUUACAUGAGGAUCUCUGCCCAUCUCUUAUUAGUCAUAAGUUGACUUGUUGCCAAU